AAGCCAAUGCACUGAUGGGAGCCGCCGAUUGGACAACCGGUUAUUCGUCGUACAAUACAAGUGCCUAUUCGCCCUAUCGACCCCACAACCCCUACCAAUAUCCGCAUCACACACCGACUGCUGCCGCGCCCACCAAUCUGCCGCACUGUGGCUACGAUCCCAGCGUACCGACCACAUUAACCACCGACCAUGGUUUAACGGUACCCGGUAUGCUAACGGACAUGACUUCGCUAUGUGAUUAUCCACACAGCGGCAUGGCAACAGCCACUGGCACCUACAUGCCACAUGCGCAAGCGCCCAUUUGCAGUCCCAACCACUACGACGCCGGCAAAGGGGAACUGGAAACACUCAACACCACCUACCCCACGUACAAUAAUUUUGCCAACGGCUACAACAACUACAAUUAUAGCAGUUGCGCCGCACAAAGUGGCGGUUACCCGGGACAAGCGGCAGCCACCAUGGUGCUGUGUCCGAAAUUCUACUCACACACCGUUAAUCAGAAUGAGAUUCAUGUGCAUGUGCACGACAAUUCAUUGAUCAGUUCGCUGACAGGCUACCGAUCGAGCAUAGAGAUCGGCAUUGGUACAUCGGAUCACGAAGCUAUGAGCGCACAAGGAUCGUCGCAGGCAUUACACGACGCCCAAAUGGGUGGUGGCAAUGGUGGCAGUGGAGGUGUGGUGACAGCGGCGGACGUCAGCAGCGCAGCAGCGAUCACGAGUAGUGAGCACAAUCUCCAACAGCAACAACAGCAGCAGCAACAGCAUGACGCACAGUCGCAGGUGCAACAGCAACAACAACAAACACAUUUGGAUGUACCACAGAGUGAUGCGUCUGUGACGGGAGAGCAACACAGCGGCGCACGCAAUGUGGAUGUGGGCGAUUUGGGCAACGUCUGGCGUCCGUAUUGACCGGGCGGUGGUGGUGCAACCACGAGGUCUUACGUACUUGCACAUUGAACUGACCGGAAGCAAAAACCGAGGGAUUCAAUAUUUUUUUUACUUGUAAACAAGUAUAAUUUUUUUAAAAGUAUUUUUUUUUAAAUGUAUAUUUUUUUAA